AUGAACAUUGGAACUUCACAAACCGCAACGGUUAUUGCUAUCGGAGAACGCUUCAUGGCUAGAGGAAUAACUUUCCGAAACUCAAUCGGCCCAGCGGGACACCAAGCGGUCGCGUUCCGCUCUCAAUCCCCGCACACGGUUAUGGUAGACUGCGGCUUUGAAGGUUACCAAGACACAUUGUACUACCAUACACAUGACCAGUUUUACAAAAACUGUGCAAUCUACGGAACCGUGGACUUCAUAUUCGGUACUGGCCGGGCUUAUAUCCAAGACUCAGAUAUAAUUGUCCGAAAACCGGAUGCCUCACAAGGCAACAUGUGUACAGCUGAUGGAAGGAUGAAAAUGGAAGAAGCGGGAGGGGUGGUACUACAUAACUGUCGAAUCCAAGCUGCCCCGGAGUUGGCCCCGGUGCAAGCGAGCUUCCCGAGCUACCUCGGACGACCGUGGAAGCCGUCCGCUGUCGGAAAGAAGAAAAUGAAUAGUAUAGGGGGCUAA